AAAUUUGAAAUAAACAAUGAUGAAGGACCAUAUGGAUUUUCGAAUUGGUUUUUAUUUACGGAACAAACUUUAUCAUACUCCCAUUAUUCUAAAUUUGUAAAUAACAAAAAUGUACAUAAAUAUGAAGAUAAUAAAAUCCAAAGAACCCCAGUCGUUGCCAUGGAGUUACAUUGAUAUAAACAAUCAUUUCCGUCCGCUUUUAUCUCAGUGCCCGCCAAUAUAUCUAAUUGAAUGAAAAUGAGCUCUUCCCCACAGGAACAUUUACUUCAGGGAAGCGUUGUCAGAAAAACGAAAGAAAAAUUUGAUAGUUUCUUGAAAGAUGCAUUACAGGAAUCAUCACAUACGAGUCCAAAAGAACAUACCGAAGCUAAAACAUCAAAAACGUUCGUUUCUGUUCAAAACAUAAAUGAACCAAGCGAAGAAGAAAAGAGAGAGUUCAUCCUCAACAAAUUUUUUGAAAAUAGCACUUCAUCACAUGGAGAAAAUGAAGGUAAACCAAUACCUAAACCAAGGACCAAAUUGAGAUCGAACAAUGCUAGAAAUACAACUUUAUCGCCACAUUCGAGCAAUGAAACUUUUAGAAUCAAUAAACCUAGAGAGAUUUCUAGAGAAGGCAAAAGUCAAUCUAGUGGAUCUUCUGCAUCUAGUACAAAUACAUACAAAGUGUCCUCGCCAAAGAUUGUUAAUGCUCCAAACGAUGAAUCAUCUAGCCAUAAAACUUUUAGAAUUUCGAAGGAUGUAGUGCCUAAAAUUGGUGAUAUUAUAAUACAUGAGAAAGAUAGUGUCUCAAAAAUAGUUGAUGUGAAAGUGAAAAAUGAUAUUAAUAUUCCAAUCUCAAGAGAAACUGCCUCUGAAAGUAGAUCCAAUUCUUCAGAUUCACAAAAGUUUUCUGGUGAUAAAAGCAAUACUUACUCAAAAACAAAUGGAGACCUCGAGAAUGAACCUAGUACAAGUAAUUAUCCACCACCAAAAGAUGAAAAGGUUGUGAAUAAUGUAUUGAAUAUAACGAUUCAUAAAACAGAUAAACUACAACUCAAUUCUUUUGUUAUUCAUCCUGUGGUGAAAAUUCAUAUAGUAGAUAUACAUACUGGGAGGUACUUUCCGAAAAAUCAUAAGAGAUCAGUUACAUACCCCCCUGAGGAUAACUUAGAUCAUUUAGCUCCAAUAAUGACCCACCCAUAUAGUUUACAAGAAAAACGAUCUUUGAUACCUUCUUGGGAAGAAACUAUUCUAAUUUAUGAAGAUUAUUCUUAUAUUGUUGACCAAAAAGAGAAUAUUAUCAUUUUUUUUGAGCUAUUGGAUUUCCUUCCUAUGCCAUUAAUCAACAAUAAAACAAAAGGAUGGCAUAGGAUAGCAUUCGCAUUUUUGAAAGUAUCAGGAAAAAAUAAUGUUUUGAAUUUCAACAAAAACAUGAGACUUCAGUUGUAUCACUCUACCAGUAAAAAUGAAGAUGUCAGGAAAUGCUCUAUUUGGGAAACAUGGAACAAAGGCCGGCUUUUAAAAUAUCCUUCGAGUUUGUAUGUAUCUAUAACAAUCAAUGAAUUGAAAGAUAAAUCAUCAGCCAGUCUAAGGUGCUUGCUUCCUUUGGAGAAAGAAAUAGAAGAUAAUUCCAAGACUGUUAAAGAAAUCACUUUGGAAAAUAGUAGCAUGAAAACAGAUGUGAAUUCAUUGCUCAAAAAUACUUUAGUUUCAAAUCAAGAAUGGAAAACAACCAGGAAAGAAAUUACAAAGCUGCCAAAUGAAUGCUUAGCUCAUUUCGAAACUGCAAAAGAAGGAUGCUUUACACUGAGAUUUAAUAAUAAUGGAUCUCUUUUGGCCUGUGCCUUGAAAUUGAAUAAUGUUUACUGUAUAGUGAUUUUUUCAAUGGUUACCUUCGAGCAAGUUUGUUAUCUACCUGGUCAUCAGGAUCUAAUUUAUUCCAUACAGUGGUCUCCAGAUGAUUCUUUGAUAAUAGCUUGCUCUGGAGAUUGUUCAGUUUCAGUAUGGGAUGUGAAUAAAGUUUCUUUUUUACAAAUUCUGCCACAUCCAAACUUUGUAUACACUAAUGAUAUGAGCAGUAAUCUUAUAGUGACAGGUUGUUAUGACACGAAAGUGAGGGUGUGGAGUAAUGAAGGACUUCUGACAAAAUACUUUUUGAACCAAGAGCUUGAGGGCCAUAAGGGAUACAUCACAAGUUUGUUACUGAAAAGAAGUUGUGAUACAAUUUUAUCUUCCGACUCCCUUGGAGUUAUUAUAGAAUGGUAUAAGCAGAAGAGCAUGUGGGUGCUACACAAAAAAAUCAACAUUUUGGGUCUGGAAGGAAUUACAAUAAACCAAAUAGAAUUUAUGGCAAAGGGAAAGAGACUUCUUGUUCAUUCUAGAGAUAAUAUAUUAAGAAUUAUUGAUUUAGAAUCUUCAGUAGUUAUACACUGGUUACAAGGAGGAUUGAAUACUAGAUUUCAUACUUCUUGCUCUAUUUCUCCAUGUGGUAAUUAUGUCAUUGCAGGAAGUGAAAAUUCCUCAGUCAAUAUUUGGAAAGUGAAAACUGGAAAAUUUGUUGGAAGUUUAAUUCCUUACAAGAAUAAAGGGGUUACUAUUCAUGCUUUACAAUUCCAUCCAAAAGAUAAUAUUAUAGCAGUUGGCAGUUUCGGAGAUGAUUUACCCGUAUUAUUGUUUGGGUAUAAUGAAAAGAAUAAAGAAUGUGAAAUUGAUCUGAGAUUGGUGGCAGAAAAGAAAAAAAAUAUGAGUGAGACAGAAAGGUUCAAAAAAGAUACAUCGAAAAGUGAUCAAAAUAAUCUUCAUUUCCAGAGUGUUUUAGAUAAAUUUGAUAAAUUGAUGAUGAGAAAACUGAAAUGAAUAAAAUAAAAAUACCGAUUUGAAAUUAUCCUGAAUAUAAGGUUAAAAUGAAAGAGAAUAUUUUUAAUAAUUUU